AUGCUGACUGUACGUAUUCAAUCAGCAGAGGGUACAAAAAGAAUUGAUCUCCUACCACAAGAUACAUUCGCUAAACUUUAUCAGAAAACUACUGAAAUUUUUACGUUGCAGUCAAACGAUGGUUAUACAUUGUACAAAGAGAAAAAUAAACAGUCGCCAUUACCACGAUCAACAUCAAAAUCAAUACAAAACGCUAUCCAGCAUGGUGAUAUGUUAUAUUUGGUUGUUGAACGAGAUGAUAUUUUACCAACAAUAACUACAAAUUAUGCUUCAUCUCCACGUGGAAUUGGUAUAAAAAAUGAUCCAACGACAACUUCCGGUCCAUCAUCUUCAUCUUAUUCACGUAGUUAUGGCAGUAAUUUUACAAAUGGUAAUAGUUAUGUCGCUGGAUCAGUACCCUACGGUAGCACACAUUCAGAUUAUCAACUAUCAAAAAUUGAUCUUAAAGAAGAUGAAGUUGAUGAGCAAUUAGAUAAGAUGGACGGAAAAAUUGAGCGAAAACGUGAUCCACAAUUAUGCCAUCACAAUGUACACGGUAAAUGUAUUCAUUGUAUACCAAUCGAACCGUACGAUGAAGAGUAUUUGCAAAAUCGCAAUCCACCAAUUAAACACAUGUCAUUUCGAGCUUAUAUUAGAAAAUUACAAAGUGCUUCACGCGGCGAUAGAAAUACAUUUGCUAGUUUGGAAAAUAUUAGUUGUUCAAUAAAAGAAAGGUGUAAAACGGGUCAUGCACCAUGGCCCAAAGGAAUAUGCACUAAAUGUCAACCAAAUUCAUUAACUUUAAAUCGACAGCCAUAUCGUCAUGUUGACAAUAUUAUGUUUGAAAAUGGAAACUUAGUUAAUCGCUUUUUAAAUUAUUGGCGUCUAUCUGGUCAUCAACGUAUUGGAUUUUUAUAUGGACGAUAUGAAGUUUAUGAAGGUGUUCCAUUGGGGAUUCGAGCAGUUGUUGCCGCUAUCUAUGAACCACCUCAAGAAACAUCUCGUGAUGGCGUAAAAUUAACUUUUCCUGAUCCACAUGAAGCACUCAUAGAUGAUUUAUCUCGAAGAUUGAAUAUACGUCGUAUUGGCUGGAUAUUUACUGAUCUUUUACCAGAUGAAACAAAACCUGGAAGUGUAUUGCAUCAUCGUGGCAAUAUCGAUUCUUACUUUUUAAGUGCUCAAGAAUGUAUAAUGGCUGGCUGGUUUCAAAAUAAUUAUCCAAAUGUUUGUAAAUAUUCUCCAGAUGGAUUUUUUGGAUCAAAAUUUGUAACUGUUGUUGUUACCGGUGAUUCGACCGGACAAAUUCAUUUUGAAGGUUAUCAAGUAUCAAAUCAAUGUAUGGCAUUAGUGAAAUCAAAAUGUUUAGUGCCAACAUAUGACUCACCUGAAUUAGGUUAUGUUAAAGAAACAAGCUCUGAGCAAUAUGUGCCAGACGUCUUUUAUAAAGAAAAAGAUUCAUAUAAUAAUGAAAUAAUGAAAAUUGGACGACCAUUACCGUUAGAAUAUUUAAUUAUUGACGUACCGACUGGAUUUCCAUCUGAUAUUAACAGUCGUUCAACAUUUAAUGAUUCUAGUCAAUUAGUAAAAACACCAUUUAGCGUAGAAAAUCGAAUGCAAAUUGGAGAAUUACAGGAUAUGAAUACAUUAGCAAAUUAUCUAAAUCAAUUUCAAACAAUUGGUGGUGGUAGUCGAGCAACAACAAUGUCAACAUCCAAAUCUCAAGCAUUCGAUAUAAUGGCCGAUAUUCAUUUUCUAUUGUAUUUAGCAAUAAACGAUAUUAUACCAUUUUCUACGAAUCAUCUUGAUCCAUUAUUAGAUGCUAUUCGUGCAAAUGACACAAGCGGAAUUGAAACAUGGAUGGAAGGUGGUGACUGGCAAACAAUUGUGCAAGUAAUUCAUUCACAAAGUCCUAGUACAUUAACACCGAUGACAAAUGAUGCACGAAUGGAUUAUGAUACGUUUGAUCAACAACAAUCUUCGGCACAAUGGAGUUGUGAGCGAUGUACAUUUCUUAAUUCUGAAUCGUCGACAAAAUGUGAAAUUUGUUCAUUUGAUAAACCACGUUAG